UCUGAACCUAUCGAGGGCGAUAGGCGACCUCAUGUACAAGGCCGACGAGGCCCUGUCCCCCGAGGAGCAGAUGAUAACCGCAGACCCAGAGCUCAAGACCUUGGAGCUCACGCCGCAGGACGAGUUCAUUGUGCUCGCCUGCGACGGCGUGUGGAACUCCCUCAGCAGUCAGGAGACGAUCGACUUUGUCCGGACGAGGCUGAAGGACUCCGGCGACGAGCCCCCCCUGAGCAAGGCCUGCGCCGACCUCUGCGACGCCUGCUGCGCCGAGACUGCCGACGGCGACGGCACAGGCCUCGACAACGUUACCGCCGUCAUCGUAAGGCUCAACACCGAGGGAGCGAGGGCGCUAACCGGCGCGUCAGUCACGGCGGCGGCGGCGGUAGGCGACAUGGACACCUCAGACGACGGGAAGAGGAAACAGGGGGGCGGGGACCGGGAAGGGGAAGAGGACGAGGACGAGGGGCGAUCGAAGAAGCAUAUGAAGGCGGUGGAGGCGAAGGCGGCGGAAGAGAAUGCAGCGGCGGCGGAGUGCGAGGGGGACAAGUAGUUGUUGAUGUUGCUUGUGGUU